CGCAAGCCCUAGAACGCUUGAGACGCCAUUUCAUCACCGCCACGCUACGCCGGGCGCCCGGGGCCGCGCAUCGGUGGUCUGUGCUAGGGAUUUCCAGCGCUCUCGGCCUGCUACCUCGGGGAAUUCGAGGUAUGGAGUGAGAUUUCCAGGCGCGGAGUGAGAUUUCCAGGCGGCGGAGCUGUGCAGCCAGAAAGGGCAGGGCAGGAUGGUGCGGCGAUUCUAGCUCGCGAGUGUGGAGGAAUUCCACCGGGAGGGGGGCGGUGCGGCAUGGAUUCGGAAGAUGACAUGCACGACGCCUGCACCUCGGAUGACUACGAUAGGGAUGAGGACGAGGACAGUGAUAUGAUUCCAAGCGAUGAGGACGGUGACGAGAUCGGCGACGACGAGUCGGACUAUGGCUUCGACGAUCAGUCAGCUGAUAUCUUCCAGCCCAGCUCCAAAUGCUCUCAGAUCAACUUUGUCAUUCUUAGUGAGGCUGAGAUCCGGCAAAGGCAGGAGCAAUCCAUCACAAGUGUUGCGACCGUUUUGUCUGUACCACGGAUAGACGCGGUUAUUCUUUUGAGACAUUUCAAGUGGAGUGUUAGCAGAGUAAACGAGGAAUGGUUUGCGGACGAGCAGCGGGUACGGCGGUCUGUGGGUCUCCUCGAAAGGCCAACGUCCCAAAGCAUUCCAAUGGCUAUAGAGCCGACAUGCGGUAUCUGUUUUGAGUUGCGCUCUGUUGAUAGAAUGAAGGCGCCCGCGUUUUGUAACCAUUCGUUUUGUGACAUAUGUUGGACUGGAUACAUGCAUACGGCAAUCACGGAUGGGCCAGGUUGCCUGACCCUUCGUUGCCCCGAUCCACCUUGUGGCGCUGCCAUUGGGGAUGACAUGAUAAUGUCGUUGGUCUCGGAAGAAGACCGUAACAAGUACAUGCGAUUUCUCCUUAGAUCUUACGUUGAAGAUAAUAGAAAGGCGAAGUGGUGUCCAGCUCCAGGUUGUGAAUUUGCUGUCGAGUUUGUACCAGGCAGUGGAUCCUACGACAUCGUUUGCAAGUGCGGGCAUUAUUUCUGCUGGAAUUGCUUAGAGGAAGCGCACCGACCGGUAGAUUGUGAGACUGUUGCAAAGUGGAUCCUCAAGAACAGCGCGGAGUCGGAAAACAUGAACUGGAUCUUGGCGAACUCCAAACCAUGCCCGAAAUGCAAAAGACCGAUAGAAAAGAACUUGGGGUGCAUGCACAUUACCUGUACGCCACCGUGCAAGUUUGACUUUUGCUGGCUAUGCCUCGGUCCGUGGUCAGAACACGGCGAACGAACCGGAGGGUUCUACGCUUGCAAUCGAUACGAAGCGGCUAAGCAGGAGGGAGUGUACGAUGAAGCUGAGAGGAGGAGGGAAAUGGCUAAGAACUCGUUAGAGAGAUAUACACAUUACUACGAGCGAUGGGCCACGAACGAAUCAUCCAAAACGAAAGCGAUUUCAGAUCUACAACAGAUGCAAACGGUUCAGAUCGAAAAACUCAGUGACAAGCAAUGCCAGCCAGUAUCCCAGUUGAAGUUCGUUACGGAAGCGUGGAUUCAGAUUGUAGAAUGCCGCCGUGUUCUCAAGUGGACCUACGCAUACGGCUACUAUCUUCCUGAAAUGGAGCAGGCCAAGGCUCAGUUUUUCGAAUACUUGCAAGGUGAAGCAGAGGCCGGAUUGGAGCGCUUGCAUCUGUGCGCUGAAAAGGACUUGCAGAUAUUUCUAGAGGGGGAUUCACCCAACGCCGCGUUCAACGAGUUUCGAACCAGGCUUGCGGGCCUCACAAGUGUAACCAAGACGUACUUCGAGAACCUUGUAAGAGCCUUGGAGAACGGGCUCUCAGAUGUGGGGAACUCGCGAUCUGGGAAAGGGGCGAGCUCCAAAGCCUCUGGAAGUUCCAAAGGCAAGUCUGGGAAGAUUAGGAUUCUUGGUGGCGGUGGCGGUGGUGGUGGUGGUGGUGGUGCCGGCUCCAGGAAUGGAAAUGGUGGCUCCAGCCGCGGUGGUGACGAUCAUUGGUCUUGCGAUAACUGUACAUUUGUGAACGCGAAUGGGGCGACAGCGUGUUCCGUCUGCAACCGCGUGAGACCCACGGCCGCAUUUUAGCGACGCAAGAAUUCGAGGUGAGAAGUUCCGACUUUUCUGAUUACAACCAACACAGGCACAGGUUCAACAGGAAGGACAAAAAAAAGUGAAAGAAAGCUGUAAAUAUGCUGGUUUAACUUAUUAUGUGUGUACAUAUCAUGCCAUUUUAGAUAAUCAAAAGGAUCAAAGCCUUAGAAUCAAAAA